AUGGCCGACAGAGCUGCCAUCGAGGCUCCCUUUACUCUGGCCUCUCUGCCCAAGCCCUUUGAUCCCACUGUUGGCACCACCUACGCCGCUCCUGUCUUUGGACUCCGCGGCCAAAAAUGGAGAAAGCGUCCUGAAAUUGUCGCAAGUGUCGACGGAGACAGCAUCACCAUCUACAAUGUAUUUGUUCACUCUAGCCGCCUUUUAAGCCUUGGGGCACUACUGACUCGCAUGUCUAGGNUGCGUAAUCCGCGCUUGGUAACAUCGUAUGCUCUUCCUCCUCAGACCCGUCUGCUAUGCGCCCCAUGCUCCAUCUACCGCAAGAUCACUGGUCGCAAAGCUGCUCAGAGAGUCACCUAUGCCGUGCUUGGUCACACCACUGGUAAGAAGACAGAGGUCAUCUGCUUCACCGAGGACACCAUCGCCGACUCGACCGACCUUUCUGCCGAUCAGCAAGUCAAGACAAGCUACCAGCUGCCCACUUCCACAAGCACUGUCUUCGCCAUCAACGCUCUUGCCUCGCACUCGGACAACGAAACUCUCGGUCUUGCCCUGGAUAUCGCUGUCACAUACUCGGACGGAAGUGUCGAGUGCAUUGCUGGCGACCUCCAGCAGAAGAGAUGGGAUGCAGAUGCCGCUCGCGCUAUCGUUAUGGCCGAGUCCGAUACCGUACCCUCAUCUGUCAAGGUUGAGUAUGCUAAUAUCACCGAUGUGCCUUCGGCAAGAAAAGGCCUGCUCAAGAGCAGAGAAGACGCUCUGGCUUUGAUUGGAGGCACCGUCAGCCUCGACAGUUCGGCCGAUCUAAACACGCCCCUCCUCGCCAUGGUCACAGUCGACGACCAAAACACUCGUCGCUUCAACCUGUUUUCCCUGCCGUCAAGAUCCAAGGAUAUGAUUACUAGCGCCCACCAAGGUCUCCGCUACCUUUUCAGCUACGAGCUGCCUGCCACUCCUUCUUCCGACAAGGCCACCUUCUCUCUGCAGUCGUCGGCUGGCAAGUUGCAUCAACUGCUUUCCGGCAUCAUCACCACAUAUGAUCUCUCAGGAACUGUUCCUCGCGUUCUUUCUGUUCUUACUCCUCAUACCCAGUCGCAUCAAUCUUUUGUUCGCAUCUCGGCUGCACUGGUCCUUGCUGCUGAAUCCACCUCGUGCGCCAUCUAUGAUACCAAGUACAACUCUUUGCAGGCUGCUUUGUCCCUCGAGUCUGACCCUCUUGAAAAGGCUGGUGACAAGAGAAAGAGAACCGAUGGCGCCACAGAAGGCUCUCUUAACUUUGUCACUUUCUUCUCAGACCUUGGUAUGGCUGUUGCAAUCUCUGGAAACGCGCUCGUCGGCCUGCAGAUCAACUUGUCCGCAACCGCGUACAAGAAGUCCAAAGCUAACACCAGUCUUCUGAUCAACUCUCUUGGUAAAGGAUUCAAGAAGGCUCUCGUUGCUGCCUCGGACUCCGAGGCGUCCUCUCAAGAGUGGGAAAGCUGGAAAGAGACAGUUGACUCACUCGUCGACUCUGAUGUAGCUGCCCUCGAACGUUUCCUUGCAGCCGAACUUGAGCUGUCCUCUACCCCCAAGCAGCAGAAGUCGACUGCCCAAGACUCUGAGGCCCAGGAUAGUGAAGACAACAGGAUGUGGCCUGUGAGAGAUUCUAGAUUCCUUGUCCAGAAGACCGAGAGGCGCAAAGCAGUCUAUCUUCUCAGCAAAAUGUUUGCUUGGAACGACGCCACAAACGAGGACCAGAGCUCGAUUUCUAUGAACUUUUUCGCAGCAAACAUCUUCAGGUGGCUUUCUGUUACUGGCUACAUGUCUGCUAUGGCGGUCGAGAGAGCCUUGCGUGAAACUGGCGCUAUUCAAUCCACUGCCCAGAGGGUCCAUCCUGGUGACAUUAUGAAGGCAGUCAAUGAGCUUGACCCAGAGAUGCAUGUCAUGCACGAGUGGCUGAGCUGGCCUGUAUACCUGGAGAUUGAAGAGGUCAUCGUGGCUCUCGCUUCCCUCGUGAAGUCUCUACAAGGGCCAAGCCCCGCCGCAGUGGCUAAGCUUAUCACUAGCAAGAGCGAAGAGUCUGGCAGCGAGCUUGAAACCACAAUUCAGGCUGAGACUGAUGCCGCCGAAGCCGACCUUGAGUUUGCUCUGUCAGCCCUGGACACUGGUCUCAGUGUUCGCAGUGCUUCGUUCCGCACCGUUUUUACUCGCCUCCAUUCAUUCCCUUCGCGCAGUAUCGUCGAAAGGCUGCGCACUCACCUUGCGCCUCGCGAGGUCGUUUUCUUCAUUCAAAUUCUCCGUAUUGAGCUUGCAGACGGUGGCUGGACGUCUAAGUACACCGAAGACGAGAUUGCCCCCAGGCCCGAAGAUGCAGGAUCACCCAGUGAUCACUCGAUCGCUAUCAUCAGCAACCUUCUUAACUGUGCUAUCGACGCUAUUGGCACGUCUGGGUGGCUCGUAGGACUUAGCGGAGAUCCAGACCUUCAGACAGAUAACAUGCUGGAAACUCUUGUCGCCGAGACCAGUGCUGCCCUUGAGACUUGUAUCGAGGCAUGCAGCUUCGGAGUCUUCUUGAAUGACUUUGAACGCUUCAGCAACACCAUUCACGCUUCGCAGAAACAGACGACGAUCAAGAAGGUUGAUCCCAUCAAGACGCCCGGUUUCGAGGAGACUCCCCUCGCCGUUGAUCCUAUCCUUCCUCUUGGUUACAAGGCUCAAGGACCCGCCAACAAGAUGCGUAUGACAAGCACUGGCCAGGUUGAGAAGAGCAGGGGUCUGCGUGGUAAGGAGCUGUCGAUGCGUGUCGGCAAGUACUCCUUGGACAGAAUUGUUGUCUAG